AUGCAACCAGAUACUAUGUUUGGAUAUUCAAUUGACUUUGUUAGAAAUAAAGAUGAGUAUAAUUUAGUUGUUGGUGCUCCACGUGCUCAAUCUGCUGGUAAUCGUGCCAUAUCUAAAGGUGGUGCUGUUUACUCAUGUCAGACAGGUUCAACAAGAUGUCAAGAAAUUCUUUUUGACAGAAAUGGUAAUGAAAGAAGAUUAAAUGGAUCUAAAAGUUUACCUAUUGAAGAAAAGUCUCAUCAAAUGUUUGGUUCAACUAUUGUUGCUUCUGGUGGAAAUGUCUUAGCAUGUGCCCCACAUUAUAAAUAUUUUUUUUCUAAAUUUGAAGUUAUUGAACCUGUUGGUACAUGUUAUUAUGCACAAAAUAAUUUUGAAAAAAUUACUGAAUUUGCUCCAUGUAGACAGGAACCAGCUAGACAUGGUCAUCAUAGAUUUGGUUAUGGUAUGUGUGGUUUUUCAGCUUCUAUUGCUGAUGAAGGAAAUGAAAGAUUAUUUAUUAAUGGUCCUGGUGUUUGGUAUUGGCAGGGUGCAAUAUUUUCACAAAAUAUUAAAAAUAUUACUGAUAGACCUAAUACAAGUGAUGGUCCAGCUUCACAUGAUCAUUGGCAAAGAGGAUACUCAUCUGCUGUAGGUGAUUUUGAUGGAGAUAAAAAAGAUGAUGUUGUUGUUGGUGUUCCUCGUGGUAAUGAUCUCCAUGGAUUUGUAUCAAUAUAUAAUAGAAAAUUAAAUUCAAUUGCCAAUUUAACAGAUAAAAAUAGUCAACAGGGACAAUAUUUUGGUGGUGCUGUUGGAGUGGCAGAUCUUAAUAAUGAUGGUCUUGAUGAUGUUAUUGUCGGUAGUCCAUUUUAUACUGACUAUAAAACAGUCAAAGAUAUUAAGACACAAGAAAGAAAGCCGCAAUAUGAUGUUGGUAAGAUAACUGUCUUCUUACAAACUUCUGUUGGUGUUUUUGAUGAAGGUACAUCAAUUGUUGGUACCAGUCAAUGGGGAAGAUUUGGUCAUUCUAUUGCAUCAACAGGUGAUAUUAAUGGUGAUGGUUAUAAUGAUUUUAUUGUUGGUGCUCCAUAUGAUGGUGUUGAUGGAAAAGGUGCUGUCUACAUUUAUCAUGGAUCUAAAAAUGGUGUUGUAAAAAAAUUUGCUCAAAAAAUUGAGGCAGGACAAAUUAGAAGUGACCUUAAAACAUUUGGAUUUUCAUUAGCUACAGGUAAAGAUAUUGAUAAAAAUGCUUAUCCAGAUAUAGCAAUUGGUGCAAUGCAAUCUGGGCAUGCAGUUAUAUUAAGAUCAAAACCAGUAAUUAAAGUUGAAGGACAAGUAACUUCUGGUAAAAAAAUAAUAAAUUUGGAUAAUAAAACAUGUAUGAGUGAAUUUGGAAAAAUAUCAUGUGAAAAAGUAAAAUAUUGUGUUAAAUAUGAUGGUAAAUUAACACCAGAACAUAGAAAUAUUGACUUAAAAGUUAGAGUACAAUUAGAUUCAAAAAAACCUUUAUCACCAAGACCAUUCUUUAGUAGAAGAGAUAUUGAUAGAAAAAAAGGUGUUCAAAUAUCUAAUGAAUCAAAAAAUAAAAAUCAACCUGAUGUUAUUGAACAAAUAGUUUCAUUACAUAAAGGACGUGAACAUUGUGAUAGUUUUGAAGUAUUUAUUCCAGAUACUAUAAGAGAUAAAAUAACACCUAUAAAUAUCCUUGUUAAUUAUACAUAUAUAGAAAAAAGAAGUUUAUCAAGUGAAUUAGAUGCUGCAUUAGACACAACAACUGGUGCUGCAUUUGAAACAGAAUUAAUGAUUGAUAAAAAUUGUGGUGAUGAUGAUAAAUGUACACCUGAUUUACAAUUAUAUGCCACAACUAGUAAAGAUAAAUUUAUUCUUGGUAGUGAAGAUCAAAAUAUAGUUGUAAAUGUUACUGUAAGAAAUAGAGGUGAAGAUUCAUAUUUAUCACAAUUUUUCAUUGAUAUUCCAAAAGGAUUUGAAUAUGGUGGUGUUGAAAAUUAUGCAUCUACUGCUCCUGUUAGUUGUUCUGAAUUUAUUGAUGAUGAGUUGACUGUUGAAGAUGAUAAGAAAAAAUCUAAAAAAAAGAAUGAUAAAAAUGAUAAGAAAAAAGAAAAAAAAGAUGAUCAUUAUAGAAUGGUUUGUGAUAUUGGAAAUCCUUUACCAGAAAAUAAAGAUUCAGAAUUUGGUUUUAUACUUCGAGGAACAGCAAUAGAUCCAGAAGUAGAGGAUGUUGUUGUUAAGAUGUUUGUUAAUUCAACAUUUGGUGAAGAAGCUCGUGGUAAUGAAAAAGAUAAUGAAUUAAUAAUUAAAGUACCAGUUGAAAUCAAAGCACAAUUAGAUGUUAUUGGAAGAUCAAAUCCUGAACAAGUUGAUUAUUCUAUUAGAAAUAGAACUAAAGGUGUUAAUGCUCAAUUUGAUAAUGAAGUUGGACCUCUCGUUGGCCACCUUUUCCAAGUAAUAAAUAGAGGUCCAUCAAUUAUUGAUAAAUCAACAUUAGAUGUCUUUUGGCCAUCUUUUGGUGAAACAGGAAAACAUUUAUUAUACCUUAUUGAUACACCAUUUGUUUCUGAUGAUAAAAAAGUUAAAUGCCGUGUAAGACAGGCACAAAAUAUUAAUCCAGAAAGUUUGACUAUUGGAAAUGAACAUAAUAUUUUAAGUAUUGUUGCCAAUCCACAAGCUCCAAAAAAAACUCAAAGUAGUGCAAAAAGUAGUGGCAUGAGAAUUAAAAGAGAAUGGGAGGAUUUAACUCAUGAUGAAAGAGUUAGAAAUCAAAAAAAAGAAUUAAAAGCUGCAGUUCUUGCAUCAAAAGGACGUGAAAGUGCAAUUGAAUAUAAGGGAUCUCUUCAUAAGGGAAAUGUUGAUUGUGGUGCAUUGAAUUGUACACAAAUAACUUGUGAAAUUGGAAGAAUGGCACCUGAUGAAUUUGUUUUAAUUGAAAUAUUUUCACGACUUUGGGUAAAUUCAUUAAUAGACGAUGGCGUUUAUGAAGCAGAUAUAUCAUCAUUAGCAUUAUCAAGAAUAACUUCCUUACCAGUAGCACCAAAAUAUUCACCCCCACCACAAAUAUUUUCUGUUACUACUGAUGUCAAUCCAACAGAUCCAGAACAAUUUGCUCCAGAUCUCCCAUGGUGGUUAUAUUUAUUAGCUAUACUUAUUGGUCUUCUUAUAUUGGCAUUAUGUAUAUUAUGUUUGUGGCGUUGUGGAUUUUUCAAGAGAAAUAGACCACAAGCAGAGAAAGCUAGACUUGUUGAAGGUGUAGAUAAAGGUGGUUAUUAUGCUGAUAAUCACACGAGGUAUAAUCAACCAUCAAUGUACGAUUCUAGAACACAUGGAGAUAAAAUUUAA